AUGGGGCAAGCGAUUCCGGACCUCCCGAUCCUCGCUGAAGACGACUCGAUGUUGUCCAGAAAAUUUGGUCGCGAGAUUGCCAACUAUUUUAGCGGUAGCCCUCUGAAUCGAGUUUCAUUCUUAAGGACCGAUUAUGGCUUCUUGCGCGCUGCUUUCGCUCACCCCAGCGCAUCGUUCCUACUAUUGAACAACUUAUCGCCGCUUGCGAAAGAUGCCGCAAACUUAUCCUACGUGAAUAAGGACGUAGUCAUACCGCUAACCGGCGAAGAGCCCUUCAAAACUUCCGAGGAGGAGCAAGUAAAGGGGUUUAACUCGGACAUUACACAGUCCGUCAUCUUGUUCCUUGGCAUCGACGAGAAAAAAAAUGGAUUCGAGUAUCGCGAGUAUAAAGGCAAACCAUAUUUCGCUGUGGACGUCACUCCGAAAGGCACUACCUCGGAGAAGGCUACAAGUAUCAUUGAUAUUGUCAAAACUAAUGGCGUUUCUUUCAUCGAUGGGAGGAGGCUCUUGUCUUUAAAUGCCCCUGAAGCGGCGAUAUUCGCGGAAGCUCGUGCUUUGUUAGAUUGGAAUGCUCGGAAUCCGUUCUGCGGCGGCUGUGGCAAGCCGACGUUAUCUAUUAAUGCCGGAUGGAAGCGAGUCUGCCCCACGUCGGAUUUAGCAGGCGUCCCUGAAGGUGGCGCUGCGACGGAGAGAGCAGACUGCCCUACACGGCACGGCGUGAGCAAUCUCUCUUUCCCGCGAACAGACCCAACUGUCAUCAUGGCGGUAGUCUCAGCCGACGGCAGCAAGCUCCUCCUCGGUCGAAACAAACGCUUCCCUCCAAACUGGUAUAGUACAUUAGCGGGGUUCCUCGAACCCGGCGAGUCCAUCGAGGAAGCGGUGCGGCGCGAGACUUGGGAGGAGAGCGGCGUGACCGUCGGCCGUGUCGUAAUCCACAGCUCGCAACCGUGGCCCUACCCGGCAAACCUGAUGAUCGGCGCGAUUGGCCAGGCAGCUCCAGGAGGGGAGACUAUACAUCUUGGUCACGACGAAGAGCUAACCGAUGCCAAGUGGUUCACUUUAGACGAAGUACGAGAAGGCAUCGCGAAUGGUGUCAGCGCUCUGGGAGAUCCGGCGCCUUCGGAAUACAAGGAGGGUUCCUUAAGACUACCGCCACAGACGGCUAUUGCCAAUCAGCUGAUACAAGCUGUUCUGAAGGGCUACCUGGACAUAGUGCCGAAGAUUUAA